CCCUGUCCGCUGAAGAACCACCCGCGUACCAUAUACUUGUGUUUUAGUAGUGUUUACUUUAUACUCGUGUUUUAUUAUCGUGUACUUUAACCUCGUGUUUUAGUAUCGUGUACUUUAUCCACGUGUUUUAGUAUUGUGUACUUUAUCCUCGUGUUUUAGUAUUGUGUAGUAUAUUGUCGUGUUUGAGUGGAAAUGCCCUGCGAGAGGAAGCCGAUGCGCUACGGGCACUCGGAGGGACACACCGAGGUCUGCUACGACGAGUCCGGGAAGUUCCUGGUGACCUGCGGCAACGAUGGAGACGUCCGUAUCUGGGAGGGUCUGGACGACGACGACCCCAAGUUCAUCACUGUGGGGGAGAAGGUCUACUCGAUGGCCCUCAAGAACGGCAAGCUGGUGACGGCGAGCUCCAACAACACGGUGCAGAUCCACACGUUCCCCGACGGCGAGCCGGACGGCAUCCUGACCCGGUUCACCACCAACGCCACGCACGUCGCCUUCAACGCCAGCGGCUCCAGGGUCGCUGCGGGCUCCAGUGACUUCAUGGUGAAGGUGGUGGAGGUGGCCGACAGCAGCCGGCAGAAAACGCUCCGUGGCCACGAUGCGCCGGUCCUCAGUGUGACCUUUGACCCCAAAGAUGACUUUCUGGCGUCCGCCAGCUGCGACGGCUCGGUGGUGGUCUGGAGCAUCGAGGAUCAGGCGCCGCUGGUCCGCUGGCCGCUGCUGCAGAAGAGCAACGACGUCGGCAACGCCGCCAGCCUGUGUCGCCUGGCCUGGCAGCCGGCGGCAGGGAAGUUGUUAGCGGUUCCCGUGGAGACGAAGGUGCACCUGUACGAGCGAGAGUCCUGGAACCUCGUGAGCACGCUGACCGACGACCUGCUGACACAGCCCCUGAACGUGGUGGUCUGGUCUCCGUGUGGCGGGUUCCUGGCGGGCGGCGCUGUGGGCGGCGCCCUGACGGUUUGGGACGUGAGCAGCGAGCUCUGCGUGGAAAGGCAGAAGCACGAGAAGGGCUUCACGGUGUGCGGCCUGGCCUGGAGCCCGUCGGGCCGCCAGCUGGCCUACACCGACACGGAGGGCUGCCUGGGGCUGCUGGAGGGCCUGGGCUGCUCCUCCUCCUCCUCCUCUUCCUCGCAGGAGAAGAAACCGACGAAAGACUUCGACAACCUGUUCGACGACGAUGACGACGACCGCCCGAUGGACGACGGGCUGAGCACCGGACGCUCGCCGGAUAAGAAACCCGACGAAGACGACAACGACGACGACGACUUCCUCGUGCCCUCGACGGGGCGGGCGAGGAACCGAGGCGCGAUCCUGGACGACGAGAACUCUCUGGAUGCCACGUCGGUGGAGCUCAGUCGGGACGAGUACGGCGGCGCGGCGGUGCCGGCCGCCGCUCCGCCCCUUCGCCCCGCCUACGAGGGGCCCCUGCCGACGGCGCCCCAGAAGGCCUUCCAGCCGGGCUCCACCCCGGCUCACCUCACGCACCGCUUCAUGGUGUGGAACUCGGUGGGAAUCGUCCGCGGCUACAACGACGAGGAGGACAACGCCGUGGACGUGGAGUUCCACGACACGGCCGUGCACCACGCCAUGCACCUCACCAACUCGCUGGGUUACACCAUGGCGGAUCUUUCCCAGGAGGCCGUGCUGCUGGCCUGCCGAGGCACGGACGAGCUCGCCAGCAAGCUGCAGUGCCUCCACUUCUCCUCCUGGGACACCAACAAGGAGUGGAUGGUGGACCUGCCGCCGGGCGAGGACGUGCGGGCGCUGUGUCUCGGGCGGCGCUGGGCGGCGGUCGCCACCAGCAAGCUGAUGCUCCGCCUCUUCUCCAUCGGAGGAGUCCAGAGGGAAGUGUUCAGCCUGCCGGGCAACGUGGUCGCCAUGGCGACGCACGGAGAGCAGCUGCUCAUCGUCUACCACCGGGCUCCGGGCUUCGAUGGGGACCAGGCUCUGGGCGUCCAGCUGCUGCAGGUGUGUGCGGGGGGGAAGCAGCUGGUCCACGGGGAGCCGCUGCCUCUGUCUCCUCAGACCCACCUCACCUGGCUCGGGUUCUCCGCCGAGGGGACCCCGUGCUACGUGGACUCGGACGGCGUGGUCCGGAUGCUGAACCGUUCCCUCGGCAACACGUGGACGCCGGUGUGCAACACCAGAGAGACCUGCAAGAGCAGGUCCGACCACUACUGGGUGGUCGGGGUCCACGAGAACCCGCAGCAGCUCCGGUGUGUGCCCUGUAAGGGCUCCAGGUACCCGCCCACGCUGCCCAGGCCCGCGGUGGCCAUCUUGCCCUUCAAGCUGCCGCUGUGCCAGACCUCCACGGAGAAGGGCCUGAUGGAGGAGCAGUACUGGCGUUCAGUCCUCUUCCACAACCACUUCAGCUUCCUGUCCUCCAGCGGCUACGAGGUGGACGAGGACGGACAGACUCGUUCCCAGAAGGAGCAGCAAGAGCUCCUCAUGAAGAUGUUCGCCCUGUCCUGUAAGCUGGACAGAGAGUUCCGCUGCGUGGAGCUGGCGGAGCUCAUGACCCAGAGCGUGGUGACGCUCGCCGUCCGCUACGCGGCGCGCUCCCGCCGCAUGGCGCUCGCCCAGCGGCUCAGCGAGCUCGCCCUGGAGAAGGCCAAUCAGAUCAUGGGGGAGGAGUCAGAGGAGGAGGAGCCAGAGUCCUCCGCCGGAAGACGGCCCUCUGGGUACGAGGUCCCGGGGCGGCGUCAUAGCAACAGAUGUCAUCAGGAGGAGGAGGAGGGGGAGGAGCCAGUAGAAGAGCUCAGGGAGGAGGAAGAGGAGGAGGAGGAGGAGGGGGGGGAAGAAUCCAGUAAACGUUCUGCAGGUGUGAAUCCGUUUGCUCAAGAAACCGGUUCACCUGGGACUCUGACGCCUGUUGUUAAAGUCGGACGUGCGAAUCCCUUCAAGGUCCUCGGCUCGGGGGCGUCUUCGUCGCCUCGAGCGACCAGCAUCCUGGACAACAUGGCGUCCGGCAGGAAGUCGUCUCCGCUCGCCGCCGCGGGGGGAAAGCCCAACAGAGGGCCCGUCCUCAAGCCACUGGCCCCCCGGCCCAGAACCAAGACUCAGUCCACUCUGCUGACGAUGACGAGCACGAAGAAGAAGACGACGACGACUCGGGAGGUCAGUCAGCCAGAAGCCCCGCCCCUAGCCACGCCUCUAGCCCCGCCUCCAGCCUCUCCCGCCGACGACGCAGAAAAUAAAAGGCCCAAAACGGGCUUCCAGCUCUGGCUGGAGGAGAACAGGAAGAGCAUCACGGCCGACCGGCCGGACCUGGAGGAGACGGAGGUCAUCAAGGAGGCCAUGGGGCGCUUCAGGGCGCUGGCGGCGGAGGAGCGCCUGUCGUGGACGGAGAGAGCAAAAGGUCAAACUGGAGACGAUCUGAAGAAGAGGAAGAGAGGAGGAGGAGGAGUAGGAGAUGAGACUGGACCGGCGGAGGCAGAUGAAAAUAGUGCCAAGAAGAAGAAGUCCCUGGAUCCCUCCGCCAAGCUUUCAGCGUUCGCCUUUAAAAGCUAAACUUUAGUAACUCUGGUUCUCGGUUCCUCCUCAGAACGGGGAAAGUCCUCCAGAAGCUUCCAGCUGAACAACUUUCACCAAUGAUGUUUAUUUUGUUUACUUGUUUACAUUCAUGACAUUUCUUCUUCUGUCUUUUUAAAAAGUUUAAUAAAUGUAAUGUUCUUGA